GCCGACAGCCGACCCGGCGACAAUCGCGAUCAUAUCAGAUUGCCCUGAGGACCGUGAGAUUAAUCGACCGCUGCGCUUCUUUUCACAUUUAACGUACGUCGCGGACAACUGCCUACUCACUACUCAAGACAGUCAUUGCAUUCUGUCAUCAUGGCUUCCGCUCGUGGUCCCCGAUGGCAACAGUUCUUACAGGAGUUGGUCAUGGUUGCGGGCACAUCUGCAUCUGCAUACUUCCUCAUCCGGUACCUUAUCUCGCGCCUCGACUUUGAUCCUGAGAGUCAGAAAAAGGAAGAACAACGACGCAAAUCCGCAGCCAUCCUACGGAAACUUGACGGCGGGGAUGAAUCAGACGAGGGUUCGCCGCGUCGCGGGCGCAAAGAAAAGAGUCGGUCCAAGAGAGGCGAUCUGACCCUCAACCAAUAUGAGCAAGCCAUCGCGAUGGAUGUGGUUGCUCCGGAUGAUAUUCACGUCUCCUUUGAAGAUAUCGGCGGCCUGGACGAAAUCAUCGAAGAGCUGAAAGAGUCUGUCAUAUACCCCCUCACCAUGCCCCACCUAUACUCUUCGUCCUCCUCGCUCUUGACUGCACCAUCGGGUGUCUUGCUGUACGGACCGCCUGGAUGCGGAAAGACUAUGCUUGCGAAAGCGUUGGCGCACGAGAGCGGCGCAUGCUUCAUCAACCUACACAUCUCGACAUUGACGGAGAAAUGGUAUGGCGACUCAAACAAGCUUGUCAAUGCAGUAUUCUCGCUAGCCCGCAAACUUCAGCCCUCGAUUGUGUUUAUUGAUGAGAUUGAUGCCGUGCUGGGCACGAGACGGAGCGGAGAACAUGAGGCCAGUGGCAUGGUCAAGGCAGAAUUUAUGACGCAUUGGGACGGUCUCACAUCCGCAAACUCCUUGGGAGAGCCUCAGCGUGUGGUCGUUUUGGGUGCCACCAACCGAAUCCAAGACAUCGACGAUGCCAUUCUCCGACGAAUGCCGAAGAAGUUUCCGGUCGUCCUCCCGCCCGCAGCACAGCGCACGCGGAUUCUCAGUUUAAUCUUGAAGGACACCAAGGUCGACCGGGAUAACUUCGAUCUGCACUAUCUGGUUAAAGCUAUGUCGGGCAUGUCCGGCAGUGACAUCAAAGAGGCGUGCCGUGAUGCGGCCAUGGUUCCGGUGCGAGAGUUAAUCCGACAGAAGAAGGCCGACGGACAGCAGAUGGCUUCAGUAGACCCCAAGGAUGUCCGUGGUCUGCGCACGGAGGAUUUCUUCAGUCGUGCCGGUGGUGUUCGGGUCAUUCCUCCGCCCACUCAAGUUCAGACCAAAGCGAACUCGGAGAAAGAAUGGAGUACCGAGUCUGAAGCGACGUCCGAAGUAGAGACACGACCGGCGGAGAUGGCCGAACCUCCCGAGUAAAGUAUUUAUCUUUCUCUGGCAUCGAUUCGAUUUCCCUGUGCAUGUUACCUCCAUGUCAAUUUAUACUUGUCUGACGGGCCCGGCGUUUUUCUUUUCUCCUCUCUGGUUCUUUGGCUAUCUAAGCGCGAAUUGUUGCCAGUGACGAUAACUGGCAUAUUGGCUCUGUGCAAUUCAUGGUUCUGCGACAGGGCUUAUUAGACAUGCUUCUGUUCAUAGACUGUUUCUGAAGUCCUUGUGUAUUAUCACCAUCAAUGCUUGGCUGGGAUGAAAUGCUUGAGACAAGAUAUUUGCUAUUCUAGGCAUUAGCAAUGG